UUAGCCAGCAGACAGACAGCCCUGGAGGAUCUCAGCCACAUCCGUGUUCGGUUGUUCCCACGUCUGAAAUCAAGGCGCAGAUUUGUGGCCUCGUCUCUUGCUGUCCUGCGAGCGUCCGGGCUGUGCCGAGGGGGCCUGAAAAGUUGGGCGCAGUUGCUGGGGGCUCCACCGCUGAGACUACGUGGCCGGAUCUCUUGGGUUCCUGCCCGUAUGGCGGCGACGCUGAUCCUGGAGCCCGCGGGCCGCUGCUGCUGGGACGAGCCGGUGCGCAUCGCCGUGCGCGGCCUGGCCCCCAAGCAGCCGGUCACGCUGCGCGCGUCCCUGCGCGACGAGAAGGGCGCGCUCUUCCGCGCCCACGCGCGCUACCGCGCCGAUGCCGCGGGCCUGCUGGACCUGGCGCGCGCGCCCGCGCUGGGCGGCAGCUUCGCGGGGCUCGAGCCCAUGGGGCUGCUCUGGGCGCUGGAGCCCGAGAAGCCUUUCUGGCGCUUUCUGAAGCGUGACGUGCGGACGCCCUUCGCCGUGGAGCUGGAGGUGCUGAACGGCCACGACCCCGGCCGGGCAGUGCACGAGCGCGACUUUCUGCCGCCGGGGGUGGGGCGGGAGCCGGUGCGCGCGGGUCGGGUGCGCGCCGCGCUCUUCCUGCCGCCAGAACCGGGGCCCUUUCCUGGGAUUGUGGACAUUUUUGGAGUUGGAGGUGGCCUCCUGGAGUACCGAGCUAGUCUGCUGGCUGGGAAGGGUUUUGCUGUGAUGGCUCUGGCUUAUUACAACUAUGAAGACCUCCCCAAGGGCACUGAGAACCUCCACCUGGAGUACUUUGAAGAAGCUGUCAACUACCUGCGCAAUCACCCUCAGGUAAAGGGUCCAGGAGUCGGGCUGCUUGGAAUUUCCAAAGGGGGUGAUCUCUGCCUUUCCAUGGCCUCUUUCCUGAAAGGCAUCACGGCUGCUGUCAUAAUCAGCGGCUCUGUGGCCAAUGUCGGGGGAGCCUUACACUACAAGGGCAAGACCCUGUCCCCUGUGGGCAGUAACAAAAAUCGAAUCAAGGUGACCAAAGAUGGCUUUGCAGACAUUGUGGAUGCCCCGAACAGCCCUUUGGAAGGACCUGACCGGAAAAGCUUCAUUCCUGUGGAAAGGGCUGAGAGUACCUUCCUGUUCCUCAUAGGUCAGGAUGACCGCAACUGGAAGAGUGAGUUCUAUGCUCAUGAGGCCACUAAACGCUUAGAGGGCCAUGGGAGGGAAAAGCCCCAGAUCAUCUGUUAUCCAGCGGCGGGGCACUGUAUUGAGCCUCCUUACUUCCCCUUGUGCCGGGCUUCCCUGCACACCUUGCUGGGCAGUCCUGUCAUCUGGGGAGAGGAGCCCAGGGCUCAUGCCAUGGCCCAGGUGGAUGCUUGGGAGCAACUCCAGACUGUCUUCCACAAACACUUGGGUGGUAAAGAGGGGACAGUUCCAGCAAAACUUUUUAUUUGAUUGUGUGGCAUCUCUGAUGAUAACCUUUCCCAGGAACAGCUUCCACAAUUGGUGUGUAUAUUCCUUUUUUCAAUAACUACUUGGAGUUUUUCCCCCUUCACUGUUAAAAUGAAGUUACCAGU